AUGUCUGCUGGGCCCAUCUUGUUGUUUCAUGCCGUAAACGGCGCCAUGGUGUUGCACUCGUGGUCAGAGCCUGUUGAACGGCGUGGAGGAGUGGCCAUGGUGGAGUGGACGUCCGAUGCCGGCGAUUCUCCCCCAGUUCCCGAUGAAGGUCCUCUCGUCGACCUUAUCGGACAGUGGUCAACGGAUGCUCGAUGUCUACCCAACGAGACGGCGAAACAUUUGGCAGGAGACCAAACGCUGGACCAAUACGACGCCUCAAACACGGCAGAAGAGAUGGCCCACGCCGUCGCGCCCUCAUCUUCAGGACCUGCCGUCCUGAGCGUGCCGGUGCCGACCGAGCAAUGUGCAGAUGCCGUAUGA